UGACCAUGGGGGGUGGGGUCUAGGAGGCGGGCGUGGGGGAAGUCGCGCGAGAGGAAGAGGAGAGCUAGUCGAGAGGGCGAUCGGUUAUAAAGCGAACUCGCUACCUCGUGGGGCUCAGUUUGUUAUGCAUUUGCACGUGGUGGCAUUAGGAGAUCAGGGAACUGGGACAUCCUCGUCGUCGCUAGCAUCCUAGGCAGCCGAGAACGUCAACAUGAGGACAUGCCCACCGACAAGUCUUCUCUGCUGCUACCUGAUGCUUCUCCUUUUUAGUGCGACUACCGAAGGCUUGUUUUUUCACUCGCCACAUCGCCUGCUGAUGAACAUCCUGGAGAAAUUUGGAAGCCACAAGCAUGCGAAUCCGAUCCACCAUUACCACAUGCACUACUAUCCGUUGCCGCUGUUACUGCCGAGGCCUCUGCCCCUUCCCCCGCCCCUGCCCCCGCUCCACAAGAUCGAGAUCGACUUGUCGUCGCUGCAUAGCGGCUUGAGCCAUUCGCUCGACUGGCACGGACGUGGGAACUACCAAGAGCCGGAGAUCGUAUUACCCGGGACGCCGACGACCUCCUGGCCGAGCCAGGACCAGCACUGGGACAACAGCGAGAUAUCCGAAAAGACACAGCAGUACAAAGAGGCUAAUAAAUCUCCGAGAAUCGAACUUCAGGCUCCAUUUCAUCAGCACGUCCUUAUUUAUCAUCCGCCAGCGAAAGAGGCCAAAUCAAAAUUACUAAAGGCGUUCUUUAGUAAACUGAGGCGCCUGAACGACGCGCUCUUCCAUCCGGAAGACGAUGACAGCCCUGAUCACGAUAACGCGUCUCAUGUUGACAAUUCGUUGGGCUACGGUGCUUAAGGCGCCCGUUGUGUG